CUCCUCCAAACCCACCCUUGUCACCACCAUCACAAGCUUCCUCCUCCUCUCUCCCUCUUUUCGGAGGAAAAUGGUGAAGUUCUCAAAGGAGUUAGAGGCUCAGUUAAUUCCGGAAUGGAAAGACGCUUUUGUUAACUACUGGGCGCUCAAGAAGAACGUGAAGAGGAUCAAGCUUCUCCGGGAAUCGAAGAGCGCUCAUGACUAUAACAACGUAUCAACCGGCUUCUCCAUCUUCGACCCUUUCCGCUACAUGGGCGUCAAGAUUGCCGACAAGUUCUUCGGGAAGGCCGACGACGACGGCCCCAUAAUUCAGGUGAGGGAGGAUGAGGAGAGUUGGUAUCAAACGGACCUGGUGACCCUGUUCACGGAGGACGACGAGGUGAAGGAGUUCUUCGCCUGCUUGGACGAGCAACUCAACAAGGUGAACCAGUUCUACAAGUCCAAGGAGGCGGAGUUUCUGGAGAGGGGCCACAUACUCAACAAGCAGCUCCACGUCCUCCUCGACCUCAAGCGCGUGCUCCACGAUCGCCACCGGAAAGUCUCCUCCGCCAAGAGCGACGCCGGAAACUCCCUCUGCUCCAGCCCCCUCUCUCUCUACGGAUCAGAGUCUUCUGAAACAGACGAGCCCGGCAGCGACGGCUCACCGGCGGCCGGCGACCUGGUGGCGGCGCUGGAAGGGAACGGAAUGAGGGUGGUGGGAGCGGCGGCGAAGGUGAAGACCAAGAAGGAAGGGGUGAAGUGGGGGAAGGGGAAGAGCAGAAGCGGGUUGCGGAUCGAGUUGCCGGCGACGACUCCCACAAGGGCCAUCUCGGCGCUGGCUCAGGGGCUGUGGGAGGACGUCAUCAACGGGCCGUCCAGGAGGGAGGGUCCCGGUCAGGCGGUCAACCGGAAGAAGGUGCAGUGCGCAGAGAAGAUGAUCAGGGGAGCCUAUGUGGAGCUGUACAGAGGGCUCGGCCUGCUCAAGACUUACAGCUCCCUGAAUUUGGAGGCUUUCCGAAAGAUACUCAAGAAGUUCGAUAAGGUCUCGAAUCAGCAAGCUUCACCUACGUAUUUGAAGGCGGUUAAAUGCUCGUAUUUCAUAAGUUCGGACAAGGUGGCGAGGAUGGGGGACGAGGUGGAAUCGUUGUUCACCAAGCACUUCGCAGGGAACGACCGGAAGAGGGCGAUGAAGUUCUUGAGGCCUCAGAGUCAGAAGGGUUCUCACAUGGUCACCUUUUUGGUAGGUCUGUUCACAGGGUGCUUCCUGACGCUCUUCUGCCUUUAUGCCUUUCUGGCUCACCUCUCCGGCAUGUACUCCCCCUCUUCAUCCGAUUCCGGCUACAUGGAAACCGUCUACCCUGUUUUCAGCAUGUUUGCGUUGAUCAGCCUACACAUCUUCUUGUAUGGAGUGAACAUCUCUGCUUGGAGGAGAACGAGGAUCAACUACCGUUUCAUCUUCGAUUUCUCGCCCACGACCGCUCUCCGGCAGAGGGACGUCUUCCUCAUCUGCACCACGAUCAUGACACUUGUGGUCAGUGCCAUGGUGGCCCACCUCAUCCUCCGGACUAAUGGCUUCUCGCCGUAUAACGUCGAUGCCAUCCCCGGAGUUCUCUUCCUGAUAUUCACAGGCUUGCUCGUCUGUCCUCUCAACAUCUUUUACCGCUCAACCCGCUAUUACUUCCUGCGGGUCAUGCGCAACAUCGUUUUCUCCCCAUUCUACAAGGUAUUGAUGGUCGACUUCUUUAUGGCUGAUCAGCUUACCAGUCAGGUGCCAUUGCUCAGGCACAUGGAGUUCACCGCCUGCUAUUUCCUCGCCGGCAGCUUCAGAACCCACCACUACCAGACUUGUACUAGCAGCAAACUCUACAAGGAGCUGGCAUACGUUAUUUCUUUCAUGCCUUACUUCUGGCGUGCAAUGCAGUGUGCAAGAAGAUGGUUUGAUGAGGGUGACCUGAAGCACAUCGCCAACUUGGGCAAGUACGUGUCGGCCAUGGUAGCAGCAGGUGCGAGGCUAACCUACGGGAUGCAGCCCACCCCGGCAUGGCUGGCCCUCGUGGUGGUCACCUCGACCGUGGCGACUGUUUACCAGCUCUACUGGGACUUUGUCCAGGACUGGGGCCUGCUCAACCCCAGGUCCAAGAACCCAUGGCUAAGGGAUGACCUCGUUCUCAGACACAAAAGCCUUUAUUAUCUCGCCAUUGUCGUAAACUUUGUUCUCAGGCUUGUUUGGAUCGAAGCAGUCAUGCCCAUCAACACCGGUAAGGUCGAUCUUAGAGUGGUGGAAUUUGUUGUAGCAUCACUAGAGGUGAUUCGGCGCGGCCAUUGGAACUACUACAGGCUCGAGAAUGAACACUUGAACAACGUGGGCAAGUUCAGGGCUGUGAAGGCGGUGCCGCUUCCUUUCCAGGAGAUGGAUGAUGAUGAGUGAGUUUAUUUAAUGGAUUGAAGGCUAAGAGAAUUAAUUGCUCAUUGGGAGGGGGCAGGUUUUACAAGGAAAUUAAUCUGCAGAAAGUAGACGACUUCUGUGCCAAUUACCCGUUGGUCAUGUAACCCAAUCUCAACGAAGGUUUCCAUGGGGAAGCACGCUGUAGAAACAACAUUGCAUAAAUUGAUCUUUUGUAUA